CUGCAGAUGGGAAGCUAGAUGACCCAGAGCGAGCAGGGGUGUUUCCCACUUUCUUUUCGGCCUGCCUGACUCACUAGCUGGGCCCUUUGCCUUGACUAAAAGUCUCUCUGCCUAGUUGAUUCCCUCUCGGGCAAGUGGGACCCUCGAUCCUGCUAUUAACACCAUGCAACGCUCCUUCUUCUUUUUGGCUAUUUUCAUGAGUCUUCACACCACAGCAGGCUCAUUCCCAGUACGUUUAAUUGGAGGCCCGAACCUCUGCGUGGGACGGGUGGAACUUUUCCACCAAGGCAAAUGGGGGACGGUGUGUGAUGAUGACUGGGACAUGCAGGAUGCAGCUGUGGUAUGCCGAGAGCUGGACUGCGGAGAAGCCCUUUCAGCUCCCCAUGGGGCUUGGUUCGGGGAAGGAGCUGGCCCCAUCUGGCUGAACGAGGUGCGUUGUGUGGGUACUGAGUGGCACCUCCACUCCUGCCGCCACCUUGGCUUUCGUAGGCAUGUCUGCACCCAUGAGGAGGACGCCAGUGUCAUCUGCUCAGAACAGCGCUUCCCUCCUUUCACUGCUGCACCCCCUCCCACGGCUUUCAGGAGGGGCCAACUAGAGGAAGUAACUGAAACAGGACCUCAUUUAUCUCCUACACCUGCUGAGGGGUCUCCUUCUCUGCGCCUUGUGGGCGGCCGAAGCCACUGUUCUGGCCGGCUAGAGAUCUUUCAUGAAGGGCAGUGGGGAACAGUGUGUGAUGACAUGUGGGACCUUCUAGAUGUUGCCGUGGUCUGCCGAGAACUGGACUGUGGAGAGGCUCUGGCAGCACCGGGUGGUGCUUUCUUUGGUGAAGGAAAUAGUGUCAUCUGGUUGGAUGAUGUACAGUGCCAAGGAGAAGAGGCAACUUUGGCAGAGUGUCAUACCAGCCCUUGGGGGACAAACAACUGCCGACAUAGUGAAGAUGCUGGAGCUGUCUGUUCAGGCGAAAUGCCCCUGGCCAUGGUCGAAGAACACAUGGCGAUGCUCUCAAGAACCGUGGCACCUCAGAGAUCCAGGUCGCUAGCUCCAAAGAGAAUCCCGCGUCCUGUUCGCCCUACAAGAGGCCAAGAAGAGCCUGUGGCUAAUGAAGUAUCACACACACAGGAGAGCCCAAAGGGACAUGCUUCAGAAGAAAUACUGGGUGGUCAAUGGCGAGUGCGACUGGUAGGAGGCCCUGGAUCUUGCGCUGGGCGAGUGGAGGUUCUCUAUAAAGAUCGUUGGGGAACAGUGUGUGAUGAUGGCUGGGAUCUAGUGGAUGCAGCCGUGGUGUGUCGUGAGUUGGGCUGUGGGGCCCCUCUUCUCAGUCCUGGUAAUGCACGUUAUGGACCAGGAUCUGGUCCUAUUUGGUUGGAUGAUGUCAACUGCACUGGGUCAGAAUUCACUCUGCGGCGCUGUCGCUCCCAACCUUGGGGAAAGCACAACUGCAAUCACCAUGAGGAUGCUUCUGUCAUCUGCACAGGCAAAUGGAAGCGCCUGUCAUUGUUGAAGCCAACCAGUGAUUCAAAUAUAGCCAGAUCCACCACCAUUACCACCACUACACAAAGUACAAGAUCUGUAGAGAAGCUGGGGUUACAUAUCACGUUGCAUGCCUUUGAAGCCACCACAGCCACUCAGAGUUUUCCAGACGAAUGGGAAAUGGAGUCAUUCCAUCCAACAUACCCUACUGAACCACUUAUAGCCACACAAAAUGUGGAGCUAGAACAGGAAAAGAACAGAAAGCUAAUAAACUCCAUGGACAUAGUCGAAACAACUAUUAAUCCUGUAAUUCAGCAGCACAUCGAGGAAAUAGAGUCAACCACUCCUCCAAAUACAAGGGUGAUAACUCACAAAUCGAUGCAAAACCCUACAUACCCCUCAGUUGAGUUUCAGCCAUCCUCAGCUGUGUGGAAUCUAGAAUCCGAAAAUGAAAUUGAGACCGCAACCCAAGAGGAUAUGGAUAAAACAGUGCUUAAUCCAGAAAUCAUAGAAAAUGUUCAGGAUGUGGAAUCAAGCAGCUUCCCAAAGACAAGCAUACUCCCACACAUAGGGGAACAAAACCCCACCUCCCACUCUGUUACAUUUCUGCAUCCUUUAAGCAUAGGAGAUCUGGAAUCUGAGAGAAAAAACGAGACAACAAACUCAUUAGGAACAGAACACCCCACAACUCCUGCUCCAGAGAUGAUGGUACCAACCAGCCAUGCCAGGACAACAACAUACACAUACACAGGGGAACAGGAACCCAUCCACCUUUCAGUCAAAUCUCAAUCGUCCUCAACCACAAAGGAUUUGGAAUCUAAAAGUGUAACUGAGACAACAAUCCACUGGGACAUGGAUAAAAUAAUACCUAAUACAGAGAUGCUGGAAAUGGUUCAGGAAACAGCAUCAACCAGCUCCACAAAGACACGGGCAGCCUCACACAGACGGGAACAAAAGCCCACCUCCACAUCCAUUGAGUCCCUGUUGUCUUUAGACCGGGGCAAUCUGGAAUUUGAGAGAGAAAAUGAAACAGUAAGCCCAUCAGGAACAGAACACCCCACAGCUACACAAGGCCUAAAGUCUGUGACAGAUGUGGUGCCUUCUCUCCAUGGGGACCAUACAGCUGAAGGGCCUUCAGUCACACAGAACACAGAACCCAUCAACUCCUCAGAUGAAAAUCAGCCUACCAUUGCAGGAUGGCUUCAGGAACCUGAGGGAGAGCUGGAGACAACCACGAAUGUAGCAAACGAGUUUGUCCUUUUCUCAAACAGCCUAGGUGUUAAAUUGGGAGUGGAUCUGGCAACAACCACAGAGAAGGAACAAUCUAGGGAUCGUUUGGAAACGGUCAACCCCCAAAUUUUUAACUCAGAAGAGAACACCAGUCAGCGUCAACAAGAAGCACAGAACAUAGAUCUCCAGACUGUGAAGCCCAUGGCAUCAGCCUUCGUUCUGAAUACCUUGAGCACUUUGGAUGCAACAGAUGUUCACAAAACAACUGAUCUUCCCCAAAGGCCAGUGUCACAUGCAGCUGCCAUUGGUGAGCUGCUGCAGGAUGGUUUGGUGAGCUCCGGAGAUUCAGAAAAUGGGAUGAGCUACCCAGAUGCCACCUCUGCACCAGACCUGACUGAAGCACCAGGUCCAAACAUUUCAUCUGUUGAGGCUGUCACUCAUCAUCCUAAACCUAGCAAGGCAUCUCCUGGUUGCCCCAUUAAACACGAGCCAGUGGAGGAAGACCAAGGCUGCGGCUGUUCAUCACCUGCCCUGGGAAAAUUGGCCCAUGCCAUGGAAGGUCUCCACGGGGAACUGGGCUCACUUUCCUCUGCCAUUCAUCAUCAGGGCUUCCAACUGGAGGCUGUGGCCCGCAGUUUGGCAGAGUUAGCAGCCUCUGUGCACCAUCUGGUAAAGAUUCUGCCCAUCCUAGUACAGCCAGCUCCAGCCCAGUCCUCCUCAGCCUCAUUUACGCAGGAUGAGGACCUGCUGCUGAACCAGCUGCCUCUAAAAUGAAAAUAGGACUUCUUGAAAGCCAAAGAAGUUGCUCCUCAAACCAUAGAGAUUGGAAAGAAACACCAUCGUCAAACUCAACUGUGAAAUGUGCUCACUUGUCAAGUUCAGCCAUAUAGUCUUAUUAAAUGUGCCAUAAGCAGAGGUAAUUCACACUGCAGAGAGAGACAAAAGAUUACAACAGCUCAGCACAUUUCGACAGCAUGACCUGCUGUUUUAAAGACAUCCAUUAGGUUCUCAGGACUAAUUUUGUAUCAAACGUAUCUCCUUGCUUGGAAAAUUCAAAGUUUUUCCAGUUUAAAUAACUAGAGGAACAUGUCAGGGUGUUUCUGCAUCAUGUAUAUUUGAAGACGUCUGCAAAUCAAAGGAACUGGUGGAUCAAAAAAACUCAGUCAGAAAACAGGUAUGUCUGAAAGAUAGAAACCUCAGAGAUGGGUGCAAGAUUGUGCUUAAGAGAAAUUUUAAACUAAACUGGAUGGAGUUGAAGGGGAACUAGUGAGAUAAUAGGCUGAUUGCUGUUUUCUCUUAAAAUAUAUCAGAUUUUUACAUUCA